GACAACAACAGUGACGGACCGAGAGAGAGAGAGAGAGAGAGAGAGAGCGAGAGAGAAAGACCGCAUUUAAUUUUUUUUUUUUGCUUUCGGUUACGGGUGUAGUCUGAGAGGUGGAAAUAGUAAUUGCACUGCAGCUUUACCUCGAAGUUUUAGCCUCAUGAAGGAGCUCCGUCCUGGCUGAGUUGGGAGAUGGGAGUACUUAACAUCGUAGACCAGCCUCCUCUGGUCCAGGCCAUAUUCAGUCGUAAUACUGAAGAAGUUCAACUGUUAUUGCACAGAAAGGAAGAUGUCAAUGCACUGGACCAAGAGCGCCGCACGCCACUUCAUGCUGCUGCCUGUGUGGGUGAUGUCCAUAUUAUGGACCUCCUCAUUGAAUCAGGUGCCAGUGUAAAUGCUAAAGACAACGUCUGGUUGACCCCGUUGCACAGGGCAGCUGCUUCAAGGAAUGAAAGGGCAGUGGGUCUUCUGCUGAGGCGCGGCGCUGAGGCAAACACUCGGGACAAGUUCUGGCAGACGCCGCUACAUGUGGCCGCUGCCAACCGCGCCACCCGCUGCGCAGAGGCUCUGCUGACCCAGCUGAGCAACUUGAACAUGGCAGACCGCACCGGUCGCACUGCCCUGCACCAUGCAGCUCAAAGUGGUUUCCAGGAGAUGGUGAAGCUGCUGCUGAACAAAGGAGCCAACCUGAGUGCCAUUGAUAAGAAGGAGAGACAACCUAUCCACAGUGCUGCUUAUUUGGGACAUUUGGAGGUUGUGAAAAUGCUGGUAUCCCGUGGCGCUGACAAGAGCUGCAAAGAUAAGCUGGGUUAUACACCUCUCCACGCUGCUGCUGCCAGUGGUCACAUCGAAAUUGUAAAGUACCUUCUGAGGAUGGGAGCAGAGAUUGAUGAGCCCAACGGCUUUGGGAACACUGCGCUCCACGUGUCCUGCUACAUGGGGCAGGAAGCCGUGGCUACUGAGCUGGUGAACCACGGAGCUAAUGUCAACCAGCCCAACAAGUGUGGCUUCACCCCUCUCCACCUGGCUGCCGUCUCCACCAAUGGUGCCCUGUGCUUGGAGUUGCUGGUCAACAAUGGGGCUGACGUCAACCAGCAGAGCAAAGAAGGGAAGAGCCCCCUGCACAUGGCAGCCAUUCAUGGACGCUUCACUCGCUCUCAGAUCCUCAUCCAAAACGGUGGAGAAAUUGACUGUGUGGAUAAAUAUGGCAAUACCCCCCUCCACGUUGCUGCUAAGUAUGGCCAUGAACUGCUGAUCAGCACGCUGAUGACCAACGGAGCAGACACGGCCAGACGUGGGAUCCAUGGGAUGUUCCCCUUGCACUUAGCUGUGCUGUACGGGUUUUCAGACUGUUGUCGCAAGUUACUCUCCUCAGGUCAGCUGUAUAGUAUAGUUUCAUCCAUGAGUAAAGAGCACGUGCUAUCGGCCGGGUUUGACAUAAACACCCCUGACAACUUUGGGAGGACCUGCCUACACGCCGCUGCCUCUGGAGGAAACGUUGAAUGUCUGAACUUGCUCUUAAGUAGCGGCACCGACUUGAACAAGAGAGACAUAAUGGGAAGGACACCAUUGCACUAUGCGGCUGCCAAUGGGAGGUACCAGUGCACUGUGGCUCUGGUGAACGCUGGCGCCGAGGUUAAUGAGCAAGACCAGACGGGCUGUACUCCCCUGCACUACUCUGCUGCCUCCCAAGCCUUCAGCAGAACUGAUCGUCAUUAUUCCGGGAACCAUCAAAAUACCGAGGAUGAGACGAAGGAGUCGUACUUUUGCUUGGAGCAUCUUUUGGACAACGGUGCUGAUCCAUCCAUGGUCAACUCAAAAGGUUACAGCGCUGUUCACUAUGCAGCUUACCACGGCAACAAGCAGAACCUGGAGCUGCUCUUGGAGAUGUCCUUUAAUGCACUUGGAGACAUAGAGAGCAGCAUUCCAGUCAGUCCUCUCCAUCUCGCUGCUGAUCGGGGCCACUGGCAGGCCCUGCGCGUGCUGACGGAGACGGCCGCCUACGUGGACAUGCAGGACGCCGCCGGCCGCUCUGUGCUCUACCUGGCGGCGCAGAAAGGCUACGCGCGCUGCGUGGAGGUGCUUUUAGCUCAGGGCGCCUCCUGUCUGCUCAACGACAACCAUCUCAUGUGGACCCCAAUUCACGUUGCAGCUACCAACGGUCACUCGGACUGCCUGCGCAUGAUGAUCGAAUACGGGGAGGAGGGGGAUCUCACCAAUGUCACGGACAAAUUUGGCCAAACCCCUUUAAUGCUGUCUGUCCUGGGAGGUCACACUGACUGUGUCCACUUCCUGCUGGAGAAAGGUGCCCUACCAGACGCUAAGGACAAGAGAGGACACACGGCUUUGCACAGAGGGGCAGUGUUGGGACACGAUGACUGUGUAGCAGCUCUGCUGGAGCACAAAGCUUCUCCGUUAUGCCGGGAUGCCCAGGGUAGGACGCCGCUGCACUACGCUGCCUCCAGAGGCCACACAGAGAUACUGGCCAGUCUGGUGCAGGCUGCCACCGCCACCGACCCACAAGAUAAACUGCUGGACAACAAACAAUACACCCCAAUACACUGGGCUGCUUACAAAGGGCACGAAGACUGUUUGGAGGUUUUACUUGAAUUUAAAACACUUAUUCAUGAAGAGGGAAACCCUUUCACUCCCCUGCACUGUGCUCUGAUGAACGGCCACAGCGGCGCCGCUGAGAGGCUGGUGGAAUCUGCCGGGGUCCACAUGAUUAACACCAGAGAUGCCAAAGGAAGGACCCCCCUGCAUGCCGCUGCAUUUGCUGAGGACGUUGCAGGACUUCAGCUGGUGCUUCGCCACGGGGCAGAGAUCAAUGCCGUGGAUACAAGUGGACGCUCUGCUCUGAUGGUGGCUGCUGACAGGGGACUCAGCGGCACUGUGGCCAUCCUCCUCCACCGAGCCAAGGCUGAUCUGACGCUGCUGGAUGAGAACAGGAACACUGCCCUGCACCUGGCCUGCAGCAAGGCCCAUGAGAUGUGCGCUCUGCUGAUUCUGGGAGAGAUCCACAAUCCCACUCUCAUAAAUGCCACCAACAGUGCUCUGCAAAUGCCCCUCCAUCUUGCAGCUCGUAAUGGCCUGGCUACGGUGGUGCAGGCACUGCUGAGUAGAGGAGCCACGGUGCUGGCUGUGGACGAGGAAGGCCACACCCCAGCUCUGGCCUGUGCGCCCAACAAGGAUGUGGCUGACUGCCUGGCUCUGAUCCUAUCUACCAUGAAGCCUUUCCCUCAGCGGGACCCCUCCUCCUGCUCCUCCUCCUCGCCCACCGUCUCCUCCUCCGCGGGUCUCAACUUGCUGAAGCACUGCGGCAUCACCGCCGCCUGCUCCCCUCUGCCCAGCAAUGGCCUCCACAACGGCUACGUCAAGGACCGCCACGGUGCCCCGGUCGGCCUGGACGGGUGUCUGUCUGAGUGAGAGGGCCCUAACCCCAAACUCAGCCAGCUGCUAUCAACAUCACCACCACCAGGGGGGGCGACUACCUUAAACAUGGUCAAGAGGACCAGAAGAGCACCCACCCACAUGUCUGUUUUCUCUGUAUGUACGUGUUGGUGUGUCUGUGUGUGCGUGAGCGUUUGGUCUUCUCUUGAGGUGCAGUCAAACCUAUUAUGCAAUUAGAUCCCAUUUCCUCCAUCUCCUGGUAGUGCUUAAUGCAAAGAGGUAGAUCACUCUACAAGGUCACAAAGAUGAAGCGUUCAAGACAAACACUAGCAAUCUGGCCAUCUCUAAAUUAACCCUUUAAUAAACCCCCUGCUGGCAUCAUUAUAUAACCAACGUUUCAGAGCAUGGAGGAACCCGCUGUAUCGACUGUGUCUUCAUAUCACCCAGUAGAGAGGUCAUAUCAUGUUUAACCAGUAAUGUGACCUUGUAGAGGAUCGUACAGCCUUCCCAAAAGAAUGAUCAAAGAGUUUUUCCGUUUGAGCUCUUUUUUUUUAAUUAUUAUUAUUAUUAUUAUUGUCUAUUAGCCUAGAUUUUUAUGAAGGAACCACACAAGGGAAAGUCAAAAGUUUUUGCUUGAGAGUGCAAUGCUUUUUGUACUACAGUACAAUCUGAAAUUUUGGGAGGGAGGGGGGAAAAAAAAGGGUCAUAAAGUUGUUUAAAUCCUUUAGCUUACUCUAAACGUAUGGCCUCGAAUUGCUUUGGCAUUUUAAGACGAUUUGGUUAAUGCUGCUGAAUUCAUUAGCAUGUCUCCUUCCAAAGGAGAGCCAUUCUCGGGUCGGCGCCAUAAUGUCCCCCUAAGUUCUGAGUGCUGACCCGGUUUUUUUUUUUUUUUUUGUUUUCUUUUAAGAUGCUAAAUAAGUGUUUGUUAAGCUAGAAUGUUUCUAAGCAUAUAAGUUAUGACCAAAGUUGAUCAACACUACUAUGGCUAUAAAUUAUUUAUUUGAGAUGAACUGUACUGUAUAGAGAAAGACAAUAGAUCUCGAUAUACCUCGUCAACUCGUUUAGCAGCUGCUUCAUCUUCACCCAGGGUCCGUAGGCCUAACGUUCUCUUCUUUCAUUUUUCUUUUUUUUUUUUUUUUUUGUAGGAUUUAAGAGAACUGCUGUAGGAUAGUGACUGACUGAGGCCUUGUUUAUUUCUAGAUGAAGGCUUUACUAGUAAUAUCUGCCAACAACACCUCAUCGAAGCAUCUUAUAUCUGAGCACAUAAAUGAACAAGCCAUUUCAAUUUAUUUCCCAUCUCUUUAACAGUGUUUUCCAAAAAAAAAAAAAAAAAAUUUCACAAUUUGAAUGGCCUGAUAAUUGAGAGAUAGAGCGAGAGAGAGAGCAAUCAGUCUUGUUUUUAGGCACUAAUGAUAUUUUUCUUUUGUUUAUUUAGUUUUUUUUUGAUGCGUGUGUCUUUAAAUUUCGAACUGGCCAUUAAUGUUUAAAGCUCUCGCUAACGGAGUAUUUCUUGGAGCUUGUGAAUUUGUCUUAAGAAUCUACAUCACAGCUUCUCAGUGGUGAACUGAUCCGUUUAAACAAAUCUUGUCUCUCUUUUUUUAUAUAUUAUUAUUAUUAUUAUUAUUACUAUUGGGCGGUUUCCAAGCAAUAUUUUUUUUUCUUUUUGCCUUUUUUUUUUUUGUUGAGCGUUAUUAAAUAGACAAUCACUGUCACAAGGGCUUUUGUUUCCCUAGAAUGUGUUUUGGUUUCUUUUUCAUUUCUUUUAAUUUACCUAAAGACUAAACGAAUGGCUCUGUGCGUGCCGGGCAUUUUACUGUCAGUGUCAACUUCAAUGCACUGGAUUGCCUUUAUGGCGUCUCAAGAAAUGCCUUUUGACCCAUGCCUUCUAUAAAGCUUCAUUUCAGUAGUAGUGCGUAGCGGCAGACCGUGACGAGCCCUGAGACGGAUUAUGUUGCCGCCCAUAUGACAGCAGCGGCGUUUACCUACAGCGACACCAUCGUAUCUAAUGAGAGUUUUAAAUAAAGAGCUCAAUGCUUGGCUUAUCCUAACGAUCCAGCAUUGUUGGUAGAAACAGAAAGUUGUAUCCCUACAGGAAACAAAUAGGGCUAAGAAGAGAAGAAGAAGAAGUAUCUUUGCUUAGGCCAAUCCCUGUUUAGAUUUCAGGAAUAGCAGAAAUCCAAAUAUGUGCUUUUAUUUGUGUUGAUUUUGUUGCCGCCUCAUCCCAUUUUUCCGGUAGUAAGCAUACUAAAGAUGAUUGUAUCAGACCACUAGAGCUGUUAGUGACUCUUAGAUGUUUUAUCUAUGCUAUUUAGUCGUGUUGAACCAUCUGACGGUGGUCGGCGUACACUAAGUCAGAUGGGUUUUCCUUGGUGUGAUAACUUCAUAUCCGCUGGUAUUGAAGUGGCACAAUUGCACACGUUAGUUUUGACUGGAUAAGAGAAGAGGACCUAGACUAGGCUUUGUUGUUGAAUACACUUUAAAAAAAAAAAAAAGGAAAAAUGCUUUCUCUGUGGCGUAUUAAACUUGAUUUUGUUUCUCAAACUGACAACAAAUAUUCUUUUCAGAGCAGCAAUCUCGAUGAGUUGGUUAUAGAUCACUACGUUAUCACGCGUCGAUAACUGACUGAAACAGAACAAAUCUGUGAACCCCAGCCUUUGUUCUCCCAUUAGCCAGGCUUUUGCACAGAGCCGGUUCCAGUGCUGAAACCGGUGCGCCGUACCAGUGCUUUGUGAUUCCAGCCCUCCAGGUCUCUGGCUCGGGUACAGACGACACUUAUUAGGGAUAAAUAUUGCUUCGGCAUUGAAAGAUUAGCGUAUCGCCUCUUGAUCUCUCCAUCGCUGACGUUAAUAUCCGUGGUUCGAUCUUAGGUAGGUGAAUGUGGCUCUUACAGCUUAUAUUUGAUCUUAAAUACAUAAACUCUGUUUGGAGCUUAGUUCUUGAACACUUAAGUAAGUUUUCUUUACAAUAAGGCUCCCCUUAUUAAUUAAUCUGUAAACACUUAAUUACUCAUUCAUAAGUAUUAUGCAUUAAUUAAGGGGAGGAGAGGUACAAAACUGACUAGAUUAACUACAGAGGAGAGAUUAGGCUCAUUAUUUGGCAAGAAUCCAGAGUUGCUUACAUUAAACAUUUCAGACUAAGUUUCUACCGUGUAAGCACAAACUGGUCACUUUUGUCUCAUGCUCGACCAUAAUGCAUAAGAAACAGUUAUGUAUGAGUUAUUAAGUAUUUCACAGAUUAAUUAAUAACUUAUCUAUUAACUUUUAUUAGCCAUAUUUAAGGGGGGGGCUUAAUGCAAAGUGAUACCGAGAGAAAUAAUGUAGUUUUUAACGUUUAACCAGCUCCCAAGCACGGAUGUCAUCCUGGGAAAUGAAAAAUAAAAGUGAUAGAAGAUCAGGCGUGUUCUGGAUGAGACGUUUUUUUUUUUUUAGUGAGGCUUGGAAUAUGGCAGCAGAAAAUCCAGCCUGGUUCUUUUAAAAGAAGCCGGUCCAGCUCAGGUUUAGCACUGGAACCACUCUGGUGGCAAACCCCUAGUACUGAGGGUAGGUACAUACUUUUACUGUUCUUCUCAGGAUCCCUGCUAGAGCAGCAGGUUGAGUUUCUUCAUUCAAUCAGAUCUCUUAUGUCUAAAGUAGUUUGUUUUUUUAAGAUGGGGAAAUACUGAAAUACAUUUUUUUUUUUAAAAACUGUAAUCCUACAGCACUUAAUUACAUAGUCAAGCACGCACUUUAGUACAUUCAGGUUCUAAGUGUGCAGAGUAGAGCAGAUGAAAUGUAUGUACUUAUGUUUACAUGCAUGUGUUGUUGCUGCUGAAUACAGGAAAUGUUGAUGACAAAGAUGAAGAGGGGGGAAAGAAAAGCAAAGGCUGCAACUAAAUUGUACUACAACAAUGCAUUAUUUUAAAUAUAAAUAGAGCUAUAUAAAAAAAGGGUGUUUUUUAAGCACUUGGGGACAGUGUCCACUGCCCGCUGACUUGUGUUAUCUCUUCCCAUCACCCAGCCUACUGUUAACACUGCAGACUUUGGCCUAAGAAGUCCGGUAAAGUCAGUUUGUGAGAUUAAAACGACACCUCAGGCAGGCACGCUUCACUAAAUGCUCUCCAUAUCCUCUCUGCCAUCUGUUGGCCAUUGUAGGUGCUGUCAGGACAGCCUGGUUUUGGGCAGGGAUAUUCUUCUUUUUUCUAGUGAUGUCCUUAUCUGUGUAGUAAGUGGAGCCAUUGCCCUGUGCAAUGACACUCGAUAUAAUCUCUUUUUUUUUUUUAGUUUAUUUUUUGUUGUAUUACAGUAUUCUUAUACGUGCUUUUUUUUUUCUUUGCUUUUCGUGUACCAGGAAUACCAGUGAUUGUGCAUGGAGCUAGCUCACAGCUGUGAUAUAGCUAAUAUUAAACAAAUGGAGCAUAUUAUACAAUAUAUUUGGAGUCAGAGACGGAAAGCAAUGAAAGGUCCAAUUGUAGCAAUAGAGCGUGCGCGCGUGUGUGUGUAAUAGUGUGCAGCACAAAUAUUGCACUGCCAUGCAUUUUAGGCCAAUUCAGUAAAUCAUAGCAUCAAUGCCAAUGGAAGAUUCAAAUGCGGGUUAGAUGUCAUAUUAUAUCACUAAUAAGGCCUGUUUUGCCAAAAUGUGUUGAGAGAGGGAGAGAGGAAAGCCUCUCUGUAAAGCAGCAAUGGAUUUAUGCAUACGUUCAAGCAGUUUACAGUCUGACCAUCAAAUCUGAGCCAUGAAUUAUACUGACUGAAAUGAAUGUAGGGUCAGUUUAGAGCGCGACAGUUUGCUUUCUCCCGACUUUAAACUGUUGCUCUUCAUUUGUCUUGCGUAGAUAUGAAUAUACAGGUAGCAUGUAGAAAUAUAACUCUCUACUUAUUCUAAUGUAUGUGUAGUAGUCUUCCUGCUUUUGAAGGUCUGGAUAUGUUUAGUUUUUUUUUUUUUGUUUUUUUUUCUUCUCUCUCCCGCCCCUCCACCUCUUUAGGCACUUAUAGUUGCAUAUUACCGCCGUGUAGAACGAAGCCUAAAAACAUAAAGGACACAAGCGUAGAUGAAUUUAACAUUACCGGUCAUCUAUUCCAUUGUGAUUGCCUUACAGUACAGUGAAACAAGAGGGACAAUUAAAAAAAAAAAAAAAAAAGGUCUACAGUAGAUAUGACACUCACUCAUAAAUAGCCUAUAUUUGGCAAAAAUGCACCUAAGUUACACCCAUUUAGUGCCAUAGAAACCUUGAUUUGCCUUUAGACAUGAAUCAUAAUAACUCGGUCAGAAACGUAUUCAGACGUAGACAGGAUUCUUACGGUUUUGUGUUUGGAGCUGCAUGUCUCUAAGCCCGUUAUAUUACUCAAAAGAAAAAAUAUAUAAACACGUGCAUGAGAAAUUACUACUUAAAAUACAAGUAUUCUGUUAAAUUUUGGUGUUGAUAUAAUUCUGUUUUAUAAUUGGACUUUUUUUUUUUUUUUUUGGGGAAGAAUAUAGGUAGUCCCUUUAGUAUUGACAAAGCAAUCCAUUGUUUGUGUGUUUUAACAAGGUGGUUUAUAUUGUGUGUUACAAAGGAGAAAAAAAAACAACAAUUUUUGAUGUCCAACAACAACGAGAAAAAAAAAAAGCAUAGUAUAUACAAUAUAGAAUUGAUUUGCCUCAAUGGAUGUCUUGGUUUUUACUUGAAGUAAAUGGCAAAUUUCAAUUCAACUCUGAUCCACUGUUGAGCCUUUUGCCUUAAAAGCUAUAACAGAAAAUAAACCCUGGCAGCACCCGAGACGUCACCUCUCCAGUAGAGUUGCGCUACUUGCUUUGGUUGCUUAAAAAAAAAAAAGAAAAGAAAAUUGGCUACUUCUAGGUCCGAGAAGCACACUGAUAAAUUGGGGGUAGCACAUAGCUCAAGGUUGCCACGGUACAGAGAUUGUUGAGGGUUUUGGGAUUUUGCCAUAUUUUCCACUGUGAAUGAAUGAAUGAAUUCAGAAUUCACUUGUAAACACAAUCAAACUAUGGCUUCUCUGUUAUCCAGAGCCAAGAGACACUGGGAAUUGACGUUGUGUACCUCAAAACAAAAAAAAAAAUAAAGAAAAUUAAGACAGGAAGGAUGCUUGUACAGCUAUGCUAACAAAGAGUUAAAAAAAAAAAAACUUGUAACUCCAUUUUGUGCGUUGUGUAAUUCUGCUUAAACCAGCCUAAACCCGAUGAUCUGCACAGGAAGUGUUUGAUCGGCGUCGGCAGAUGUCUCAUGUUUCCUACCUUGCGAAUGGGGCAGCCAGCUGCACCUUGUACUUUUUAUUGGACCUGCAGUUUUACCUCAUCAGUGAUCUUUUUGUGUGACGAUGCUGACAUUGAUUGUGCGGUGUAUAUCCCUCCUCCCCCCCCCCUGAUGUCAGUCAUGUAGAUUACUCACAAGUAGUAGUAGUUUGUGUGUUUCUGAGUUUUCAACAUAUAAACAUGCACAAGCCCCUUCUCCUCCCCCCACGAACUGACAACCGAAGCGCUUAUUUACCCCGUUUCAACACGUCUCCCUUCAUUUACACUCAACAGAUAGUAAAAAGGUCCAGUUUAAUAUCAGCUGGCACGUUAAGGUAGCUAUAAAACUUUACCUCUGUAAGUCAAAACAAUAUAACUUCGCUGUCUGACGACCUUCCCGGCCUGAACAGCUGGUUAUUCAUUCCCUCUACCCCACCAAUAGGACCUGUGUAAUACCAAGCACAGAGGUGGCACGGUGCCUUUUAUUUGUUACUACCGAAAGGUACGGUCUUCCAUUUGCGUUUCCCCGAAGCCUUACAACGGGAAAUAAAACACACUGAACACGAGUGGCGGCAGAACUGAACUCCCUCCGAGCACAGUCAUUUAAAGGGCAGAUAUCAUUUUUAUGACUUUUCGUUUUCGUUUGGGCGCGCUAAUUAUUUUUCCUUUACAAGGCUAAACAUGAUUAAUAUCUUUUUAAAAAGGAAAAAAAUAUAGCAAGCACAAGGCAUCCUAAAGUUAGGACGUUACAUCUUAAAUGCCGAACCCCCCCUGGCACCGAUGCAUAACACAACGUCCACCCAAGACAAAGGUAGUGACGUAUAUGUCGGUUCAUGCAGUGAGCCCUUCUUUUUUUUUUUCUUUAACACAUAAUGGGUUGCCGUUUUGUUUUAUUAUGAGGGUUUUAUUACAACACAGUAAUGUAGCUGUUAAAACAUUAUCCCAGGACAUCAUCUCUCACUCCACUGAAACUUUCUAAGUCUGUCUUAAUUUAUUUUCCCUAAAAAAAAAAGUCACAACAAAAACAAUCUGGCCAUUGUGUUAAAAGGCAGAGAAUUUAAAUGACCAAUAUUCAGUUAUAUAGGCACCAACCCUAUAUAACCGCCAAUCUGCUUUUAAGGGGCGGAGCCUGAAGCACUUGGGCUAUUUAAAUAGAUAUUUUAGCUUGUUUUGCAGUUGGUCGUGACAGCUUUACAACGUUAGUCUCUGCUGGCGGGACAGACUGUCCACCUGUGGGCGCGCACAGAGAGCUAACGAUAAUUUUGUCUAUUUCUCUUAUUAUUUCAUAACAUUAAUGUAAUCAUUGAGUAUCUAGGGAGGUCCGAGGCAUUCCUCCAAUAGAACGGUGGUGGAAACACAGAUAUUUGAUUCCGGCUUUAGCUGCAAACACGUCUUUUGUUCAUUUGGCUCAGACACGGAGAAAGAAAAGCUCUAGCUGAAGCUAAUUCACAUGGAUCGACACGAAAUGCCGUUGUUUAGACAGCGGCUGCAAAGAACUGCGUUUAAAAUUACCUUUUUUGAAAAACAAUAGAAAAUAUUUAAAUGUGAUUUAUUUGCGAUACGUCAUUUCAAGAAUUAUAUUUUUUUUUUGGCAUUAAAAUGUGAUAUUUGCCCUUUAAACUGUGCUUUGAUUCAAAAUAAAAGUAAACGCCUAAAUGACUGCCUCCAGAUUAGCUCGGCUCUCUCCACAUAGUUCCUGCGACCAACAGUGUUGCAGGAGAAAUUGCACAUUAGUGAUGCAAUUUCUAUUUCUUUUUCUUUUAGUUUUUGUUUUUUUUUGUUUUUGGCACAUCAAAAGGUGAACGAAUGAUCAGUCGAUUGAAAGCACAAAUCCAAAGAAGGCACCUCGGAGCUCGGAGGGCUCUCCGAACCAUGAGAAGCAACGUAAACCAAAUUUAGGCCAAGAUGUGAGGGAGGGAAAAAAAUAAUAUACAAAAACAUGUUAAAUGCAGAAAUCGUGAGGCUUGACUUUUAGAAACACAGUAACUGUAGAGAGACCGCUGUCUGAAUUUCCAGAGCUGCUUCUGAUUAUUCCUCUCACCCUUCUGGGUUAUUCAUCUAUGAUUAGUAACUUCACACUGCAAACCAAGUUGUCAUCGACCUUUUUAGGGUGAACUGUUUGUUUGUGACUGUGUUGCAAAUUGAUUGUGGAGAUAGUAUUGUGUUAUUUUAGGGUAGACCGAGCUAGAAAUAGGAUUGCAGUUGUAGCUGUGUGCAGUGUUUAAUAACGGUGUGAUCAUGUUCUAGAAGUGACGUAACAUUUGUUGUCUUACUGCGACGUUAAGGCAUGAAAAUCUUCUGUCGAGCUGACCUCGUUUUCAAAUGGAUAUAAGUGCAAUAACCUUUUUUUUUUUGUUCGUCACCGCUUCCUCGGUUGAGAAAAAAAAAUUUACUUGCGAUCCCUUCUCCUUUUUUUUGUAAAAAAAAAAUAAAUAAACUAAACAAACAAAACACCAAAAGUCACUGAUCUGUAGCAAAUCAAGGAUUCCGGUGGUCCUUCCAUUUGUAUUCAGAGGUGUCCUUUGAAGGCGAGGCGUGAGAUUACGUGAAAACUGUGAUUAACACGAAAGUUUAAAAAGCUGCCUGCUCAAACACAGGAUUGUGCACAAGUGGGGGAAAAAAAACGUUUGAGUAGUUUCUUCUUUUAGCGGACGGACUCUGAUGGGAUUGUGAUUUGGACUAGACACGUUCCUUUGCAUGUGUAGGUGUGUUUAUAUGCAUCCUCUGCUCCUCCUUUUAGUGGUUUUCUUAAGAAUAUUUAGACCUCCUGUCAGAGAGAUGAGGGACAUAAAAAAUAAAUAAAUAAAUAAAAGGAAAUCUAAAAAUGCCUUAUAUUGUUUUUUCAAUGUUGAGCAUUAAGGGUUUGUUUUCAUGCCCCUCCCUGUUCAGUGUGUAGCCUAAAGCUUGUACAGUUAAACUCACAGGAUUUAUACCCGCUCCAUAGGACGCGUGUUUUCAGAGUUUUUGUCACUCGCAGGUCCUGUGGUUGUGGUUUUUACAGAAACAUUCCCCUUGAAAGUGCCGUUUGUUUUCACCAGCAGAAGAUGUGUUACUGGGGGGGGGAGGAAUGCGUUUACUCAAAGGAAAUCGAUGUUGGAAACACUUUGGCAGCGUAUUCUGUUGAACCUGUCGAAAUGAAUGAAACCAAGUAUUCUGUGCAGGUGAAACAAGGCGGCGAUCUUCUGAUGGAGCACCUUAUUAUCAUAGAAGCAGUGUCUCACCGAUCUCGAUUACUCUAAAGCAGAGCCAUAUCAGAGGAUUUCCCCAUUAGGAACCCCCCCAUGAAUGUGCUUUUUAGCUGUAGGAUGUAUAUUGCAUGUUUUGUGACAUUUUCGAUUGAGUAUCUUUAGUCCCUUUCAUGUUUUUUUUGUUGUUGUUUUUAGUCUGCUUCACUGAAGAGUUUACCACCUUACUGCAACCCAUGAGCUUUUAACAAUACUCCCAUCAACUGGACUUCAAGCAGGUGUCGAUCUGCUGCAGAGGCAGCCUUAAUUCAUUGCAGAUUUAAAAAAAAAAAAAAAAAAACGAUGGACAAAUAAGCCGACCUGUUUUAAUUUGAGCGGCUUGUCUGGGGAAGUAUUGGGGGGGGGAAAAAAUAGGAGCCCUUAUACGUGGAAGGACUCUGAAUCAGGGCAUGUGAUGAAUUACAAUCAAAUUAUUACCACGAUGCACCUUCACAAGCAUAGGAGGAGGGGGGAAAAAACGUUGGCUUGUCCACCUGACAUUCCAAAUUAGAUUUUCAGUUCUUCUUCCACAGUCCUGUCCCCUUUUUUUUGCUUUGCUGGUGAAUGAAGUGGGCACGUGCGUCAACGACAGGGUUCCCUAUUUAGCAUAACGCUGAUUACCUCAUUUACAAGUCUGCAAAUAUACUACUCUACUGUGUGUUAAGGAGUUGAUGCCAUCACCAGCAGCGCGGUCUCCUGACCUGUGAUGACAACAGGACCAAUGAAUUUACUCUGCUCACGUUAGCCGGUUUUUAGACUAACAACCUGUCUGGAAACAUACGGUUGGAAAUUUAAUUGAGCUUCUUUUUUUUCUUUUUUUUUUCCAACAGGCGUUCUAAGAUUUAGCUUGGUUAAAAUCUCUGCAGCUGCUAACCCAGUCAGCAUCGGGAGUGGUCAGAAAGCCGUAGCGGUGCAUCUAACUAGAAGUUUGUUUAUUUCUGUAAUCCCAUUUAAAAAGUGAAAGUCAAAGAUUCGUUACAUACAGUGAAAUGAUUCAAGCUAUUCCGUUAAUUUAGAAGCUGAUUGCUUACUAUUACUGAAAACCUGAAGUAUUACGCAAGACUUAAUGAACAUAGAUAAUUGAUCUAGAUUUGUUGGCUUAUUAAUUACAAAUAUGGCUGCAAUGUCACGGACUUUGGACCUGAUGGCACACAGUCCAAGUAGGAAGUCAUCUUUUUUUAGCGUAGGAGCUAAAAAAAAUUCCUAAUAGACCUUAAGACUUUUUCCUUCCACUCAAUUUUCCAUUAAUAUGCUCCAUUAACAUGCUUGCAUACAGUCAGAUUAGUUGAUAACAGCAUUUUAUGGCUAUUUCCUGACUGACUCAGUUCUCAUCAUCGUGAAAAAUAAGAGAAAUACAUUUUUGAACUUUUAUUAAUGGCAUCUAUAGAGUAUGGAGUUUCACUUUUUGAAUUGAGUGACUGAAACGGACAUUUUGAAAGCAUUAUGAUUUACUGGGAUGCACCUGUCUAGUCAGAUUAAUUUGACAUUUCUCAAGUUUUAAGUGAAAGUCCGACGGCUCAGAGAUUGACUGGGAUGGCAGCUGCUGAAGCUAACCGUCGUGGUUCAGUAGGCCUGGUGUAUCACAAACAUUUGAGUAAAGGUUAUAGCAUCGCGCGCUGUUUUUUGUUCUCGUUUCUUUGUAGCAUUACUCCUACCUCCUUGUUUUUGCAGCAUUGCGUAUUGUUCGCCUCUCCACCUGUUCUGGCUUUUAAUAGCGCAGUUCACAGUACGGGAAUACAGAUUUAUCAUGAGCAAUUGUAUACUUAUACAUAAAGUGUGCUUGGAUGUGCUGUACAUGUCUACUUGACGUUUUAAAACAAAAAAAAAAUAUUUAUGAGAAGCAUUUAUACGACGAAAUACCACUGGAAUGUGAAGCCAGACAAAGUUGUGAUGCAGAUUAUGAUAGUCUCUCCCCUUUAACAUUCAGUGGUGAAUGGUCAGAGGAACCAUCUUUAAUAAACUAAAUGAUGACUUUUGAGUUUCCUUGUUUUCCUUUUUUUUUCCCCUGUAUAUGCUUUUCUGUCUAGCCCUAUAGUAUACAAUAAUAAUUCAACGUUUACAGCUUCGUUUAGGCUCAUGCAGUUGUACCGAUACACCACCGGUUGUCACAAUGGAGAUGGGUAGGUGGAUCUGUGGUUCUGUUUGGGGCUAAGUCCCUCAAGCUGUUUGCCUUUGAGUCCACUUUCAACCGAAUCCUAGCUACGUCGGCGUCUGUCUCUCCACACUGCCCUCACAUUUUACAUCGGGUUUGACUUACAAGGUGAAAGGUUUGAGGUUUUCAGACCAGCCCCCCCCCCCCCCCCAUCCCUUGCACCCGCUACUCGCAUCAACACAAGAACAGGACCAGCCCCACUCCCUGUCGCCCACAAACCCCAGCGUCUCACCUGAAACCUCAAGCCAUUCAUGUUUCUGUUUUGUUUCUUCAACAAUGCAAUCCUGAAAGCACUUUGCCUUGUUAUUCCUUUUUUGUGAACAUGUGAAUGAUAAUUUGUUACAGAAAUGUUAAAUAUGUAAAAGAUCAUUCACUGUUUUGGAAAAACCUGCAUCUGUCUUUCUGACGUUAAAAGAAAAAAAAAACAGUUUAGUGACAUUAAACCUGAAUCUAUUUUAUAAAAUGUUUGCUGCAGCCAAUUGGUCUUGUCAUUCAGUAUUGUGGCUUAGGGUUGUUUGUGUUCAAUAAAGUGCUAUUGCUAAAUA